AUGGUCAAUCAGGCAGCCAUGCGAAGCCAGCGUGUGGUGGAGAGCGAGUGGAGGUGCUGGAACCCGGCCGUCUGGCUCCUGGUAACUCUGCUGGGAUCCCUGAUCUUGGUGGCCGUCAGUGUGCUGCUGCGACUCGGGGAUGUGAAAAUAAACAAGCGUGCUGUAUCAAGUAAAGAGGCCUUGACAGUUUUGCCUGCUCGUGUCUUCAAAGUGCAACUGGUGAAUGGACGCAACAGGUGUGAGGGAAGAGUGGAGGUGCUCUCCUUCGACGAGUGGGGCACAGUGUGUGAUGACGACUGGGACAUGGUGGAUGCUAACGUGGUGUGUAGGCAGCUGGACUGCGGGGUGGCCGUGGAGAUGGGCAGCAGCUCCAGGUUUGGACAAGGCUUGGGGCUCAUAGCGCUGGACAACGUGGACUGCAGAGGACAUGAAACAGACCUCAGCCAGUGUGGAAGUCUGGGCUGGGGUAUCCACAACUGCUACCAUUAUGAGGAUGUGGGUGUCACCUGCAGAGAACCAGCAAUGGUGGGGGCAAAUGGCUUUGGGGGUCCUGCCACGCCACCCUGGGACAAAAAUGGUUUACGAGAUGGCGCUGUCCGAUUGGUGAAUGGACACUCUGAGUGUCAGGGACGGGUCGAGGUCUACUUCCAGGGAAACUGGGGGACAGUGUGUGAUGAUGACUGGAGCAUAAAUAACGCCAUGGUGGUGUGUAGACAGUUGGGCUGUGGUAUGGAGGUCAACGCUCACAGCAACUCCUACUUUGGUUAUGGUACCGGCCUGAUUCUCCUGGACAAUGUCAACUGCUAUGGCUAUGAGCCGGACCUGUCUAAAUGCAAAAGGCUGGGCUGGGGACAACACAACUGUGGCCAUCAUGAGGAUGCUGGAGUCACCUGCACUGGAUUAACCUCAGAGGCUCCUGUGGUGACACAAAACCCGAGAGGACACUGGAGAACAUUUAACACUGAAGCAACAGAAACUAUUCCAGCCACUGACACACCAACUACGACAACUGUUACCACAACUGCUCAAACAAAAGCCAAACCAGCCAUCCGCGUGUCGAGUGGAAACAGUAGCUGCCAGGGUCGUGUCGAGGUCCAAUACAAAGGUCUUUGGGGGACGGUGUGUGACGAUGGCUGGGAUAUAACUAAUGCCCAAGUGGUGUGUAGGCAACUCGGCUGUGGCCCUGCCAUCGCCGCCAAGCCCCAGGCCUACUUUGGCUACGGCAAUGGACCCAUCCUGCUGGACAACGUGGAAUGUUCUGGCUUUGAACGGGAUCUCACCCAGUGCUUCCACCUGGGCUGGGGUCUACACAACUGUGGUCAUCAUGAGGACGCUGGUGUUAUCUGUCUAUCGCUUGACUUUUACGGCGGAGUUCAACGUGACUUUGGAGCAACGGAACAGACAGCUACCACCACCACCACACAGCCCUCUGAAGGAAUGGUGAGACUGGUUGGUGGCCAGCACAGGUGUGAAGGUCGGGUGGAGGUGUACUCAAAUUCUACAUGGGGCACAGUGUGUGAUGAUGCUUGGGACCUCCCUGACGCUCAGGUCGUGUGUCGCCAGCUGGGCUGCGGAGAGGCCGCAGCAGCCCGGGUAGAGGCUUUCUUUGGGCCUGGGAAUGGAGCAAUCCUGCUGGACAAUCUGAAGUGCACAGGUGCAGAGGCCUCUCUGCAGCAGUGCUCCCAUAUAUCCUGGGAAGUGCACAACUGUGACCACACCGAAGAUGCCGGCGUCACCUGCUCGAUGUCGUGAUUUCCGCUGAACCACACUCCCAUUUCCACCAUGGGUAGGAGGAGGUUGAGUCACCAACAUGGGACUUGUAUAUAUAAUGUAAAUAACAGCUUUCGAGUUGCUGAAGGAAUACUCCA